GGCCGCUCGCUGUCCGCCCUUCCCACAAACUUUACAGAGAAAAGAAAAAUCCUUGAGCUGAAGUCAGUCCGCUGCUGACUGAGUGUAAGGCGCUGAAGGGAGUAGGCCAGCUGUGAGAGCCCUCUGUUCCUACUCAACAUGUUUAAAGUUGCGUCCUGUCUUUUUACGCGACAGUCCUGCUGCACGUCUGGACUGUCCAAAUUCCACUUGGCAAGUGGUGCAUUAUGUCAGAAAUCAGCCUUAAAAUCCAGUCCCACAGACCUCCCGGAGAUGCCCCCGUGCAAUUUCAAACCAGACGAAUACAAGGGUAUGUCCAAAGAGCGGAUGAUGGACAUCCGCGGGAAGAACUGCAACCCCAUGACCAUGAAGGUUACCUACUAUAAGAAACCAGUGUUCGUCCACCAGGGAUACAUGCAGUGGCUAUGGGAUGUGGAUGGGAGGCGAUAUCUGGAUCUGUUUGCUGGUGUGGCUACUGUCAGUGUGGGCCACUGUCACCCGAAAGUGACAGCAGCCGCAAUUCAGCAGUUGAAGACACUGUGGCAUACUACUAACAUCUAUGUCUAUCCUGCUCUCCAUGAGUAUUGUGAGAAACUGGCUUCCUACUUCCCAGAUCCUCUUAAGGUGGUAUAUCUGACCAACAGCGGCUCAGAAGCCAAUGACCUGGCUAUGUUGAUGGCUCGACUUCACACAGGCAACUUUGACAUCAUCACUUUCAGAGGGUCCUACCAUGGUGGCAGCCCACAGACCAUGGGUCUCACUUCCAACUCAGCAUAUAAAUACCCCAUUGCCAACGGUUUAGGCUGCACAAAUACCAUGUGUCCCGAUGUGUUCAGAGGUCUGUGGGGAGGAAGCCACUGCAGGGACUCUCCUGUGCAGACCAUCAGAGAGUGUGGCUGUGCCCAAGGCUACUGCAUGGCAAAUGAUCAAUACAUUGGACAGCUCAAAGAGACUUUUGCUACUAGUGUCCCAAGUCGAAUUGCUGCUUUCUUUGGGGAGCCUAUUCAGGGAGUCGGAGGAGCUGUGCAGUACCCAAAAAACUAUCUCAAAGAGGCUUUCAAGCUUGUGAGAGAGAGAGGAGGGGUCUGCAUUGCCGAUGAGGUCCAGACUGGAUUUGGGCGAACAGGAAGCCAUUUCUGGGGUUUCCAAGGUCAUGAUGUCAUUCCUGAUAUGGUUACCAUGGCAAAGGGCAUUGGUAAUGGAUUCCCAAUGGGUGCUGUUGUUACAACACCAGAAAUUGCAGCGUCAUUUGCCAAGGGGGUUCACUUCAACACCUUUGGAGGGAAUCCUGUGGCUUGUGCUGUUGCUUCAUCGGUGCUUGAUGUGAUCAAAGAAGAUGGUGCGCAGCAGAUCAGUCUGGAUGUGGGCACCCAUUUGAUGACCGAACUGGCAAAACUCAGGGACAAGUACGAGAUUAUUGGCGAUGUCCGUGGGAAAGGCCUGCAGAUCGGUGUGGAAAUGGUCAAAGACAAGGCCAGCAGAGACCCGCUGCCUCCCGACGCAAUGAAUGAGAUCUUUGAGGACGUCAAGGACAUGGGAGUCCUGAUAGGGAAAGGAGGGUUAUACGGACAGACCUUCCGCAUCAAACCCCCCAUGUGCAUCACGAUGAAAGAUGCGGAUUUCUUCCUGGCUGUCUUUAACAAGUCCAUCCACAACUACAUGGAAAGAAGAUGAAGGUCAGAUUAAUCGCCCAGAGCCAAAGACCAAACCUGGAAAUCCACUCAGCAGUGAAAUGUUAUUUUUUGUACAUCUUUUUAAUUGUUGAAAAAGUCAGUUUUAAUCAUUUUGACCUUCUGAGGAAGACUACCUCUGUUAUUGGCUUUGCAUAGCCAUUGUAAAAGAUAACUAUGUUUAACUAUGCUGCAAUUUAAAGACAUUGAACGCUUGAAGAAAGCUUUCUAAUUUCUGGCAGAGAGCUAGCAUUAGAUGGGUAGAUUAAUACCAUUCUCAUAUCUGUCUCUUAAAUAAGAAACUACUACCAGCAGCCAGUUAGUUUAGCUCCGCACAAAGAAAACUGGUGGAAACAACUAGAUUGGUUCUGCUUACCGACACCUUUAAAGUUCACCAACAUGUUAUAAAAUGUAUAAUUUUAAUAAUUUUGCUUGAGAGGUGAUGGUUACCUUUGGACAGAGCCAGGCUGGCUGUUGUAAUUGAGAAAUAAAAAUCAUGCACAGUGUCUUUUUAACACCUGUCUUGAAGUUAAUUUUGUUGCUUUUGGAUGUACUGAAUCAUGCUUGGAUGUAACAUAUGAUUGUUUAACAAUUUGUAAUGUGUGAACACAUGCUUUGUUACUGAUUGUAAAUGUGAAUGUAAUAAUACUAAACCUCUGAGCUUGAAAAACAACCAUAUGUGCUUUUACAAACUGGUCACACUGCCC